CAUCAGAACAUGGUGGCAGCUCCAUUUCUCUUCGCCGUACUCUUGUUUUCUUUUGUGCAUGCUGACAAUGAAGACUGGAUAAAAAUAGGUCGUCCAUUGCCUAACAAAACAAUCAAAGUGACACUAGCGCUGAAACAGACUAACAGGCAAUGGCUGGAAAACACUUUAAAAGAAGUAUCUGAUCCAGAAUCUCUUCACUACGGUCGCUACUUGUCUCUGGAUGAGAUAGUUACUCAUGUGCAUGCUUACCCUGAGGGUGUGGCUCAAACUACAAGCUAUUUUGCAUCAAAUGGUCUUAGGGCAGAUUUCACACUAGGAGGUGGAUUUGCUGUAGUGGAGAUGCCAGUCUCUGUAGCUGAGACCAUGUUUUCUGCUAAUUUCUUUGCAUACGAACAUAAAACAAAAAAAGGCUUUAUUGUAUAUCGCUCCGAGCAGUUCUCCACCCCCAAUAUGUUGAAGCCUCAUUUAUGCUUUAUUUCUGGUAUUACUGAUUUUCCUAAGACGAGAAUCAGCCCUCGAUUCUCUCAACCAGGCAAUGACACUGAUGGCGAUGUAACCCCCUCUUAUAUUAACAAAGCUUACAACAUAUCCGGCUAUGCAUCUACUAGCAGCAACAAUUCGCAGGCCAUUGCUGGUUUCCUGAGUCAAUACUUCAGUCCAAGUGACUUGGCACAUUUUCAAAAAGAGUACAAUAUCCCACAGAACCCAAUCAAGAAGAUUGUUGGCAAGAAUGAUGGCAAUGAUCAAGGGAUUGAAGCUAAUCUCGACGUACAAUACAUUACAGGCAUUGGGCGCAAUGUUGACACCUGGUUUAUAUCAGUCUCGUCUCACGCUAACGGGAAUCAAGAAGAUUUUAUGACGUGGGUAGUAGAGCUUAUUAAUAACACGGAUACCCCGUGGGUCCAUUCUGUUAGCUAUGGCGACUAUGAAUCCUCCAUUGAUCCUGCAUUUAUGGAUCGGGUCGACGAAGAAUUCAUGAAAUUAGGUAUUUCUGGACGCUCUCUUUUAUUUGCAUCUGGAGAUUUUGGAACCGCCUGUAGUCUGCUUAAGGGAGGUCGCUUUGAACCAAUGUGGCCAGCAUCAAGUCCUUACGUGACUGCAGUCGGAGGAACAGUGUCUAUGGACGAAUGCUGGGAUCAUGGCGGGGGAGGAUUCUCUAAUCAUUAUUCAACUCCGGACUACCAAACUGAUGCAGUCGCUACUUAUUUGAAAAGUGGAGCAGCCCCAAAUGAUAAGUAUUUCAAUUCGUCCGGUCGUGGUUAUCCUGAUGUCUCGGUAUUUUCGGUUAGUUUUUUGAUUGUUUAUAUUGAUUUACCGUGGCCAGUCGACGGAACUAGUUGUGCUUCCCCAACGACUGCCGGGAUGAUUUCUCUACUUAAUGACGUUCGUCUUAAUGCUGGACUCAGUACUCUAGGCUUCAUUAAUCCUCUCCUGUACAAAUUGAGUGGUAAUGGUUUCUUUGACAUUACAAAGGGUAGCAAUCAUGGAACCAUAUGGUGCAAAGGCUUCGAGGCUACCAGCGGAUGGGAUCCAGCGUCAGGCUGGGGCAGCCCCAACUUCGGACUCAUGAAAGACAUUGUCUUAAUUUAAAAUAAUUAAAAUAAUGAUGGUGAUGAUAAUGAUAAAUAAAUCAACAAAAAAAAACAAUAAUGGGUAAUCAUGUGCAUAAUGUUACAAUUGGUUUACAUGUGUAUAGAGUUAUCAAAGAUGUCUAAGGAAUCUCCGUA